AUUAGAACAAGCAGCAUCACGUGCAGCGCAGAGAUAACUUAUAUAAAAAAAGAAGCAGGUUAUUGACCCGUGACCUCCUCUCUUUUUACAAAAUCUCUGCACGGACGUGACACGUGAGCAUGACAAAGCUGCCAUCUUUCCUCCUUCCAUUAUUGAGUUUCAAGAGAGUGUACUUUCUAUUCAGGGCGUCGCUAAAACUAGUGGGAUCAGUGUUUUGAUUGGGAGUAAAUGGCUACUUUUCAUUCUGUUCAACAUGCAGUGAAGCUCUUCAACGCUGGUUUACCUUGUGGAGAACAUCUCAACAAGAGGCAAGAACAGGAAGUGUUGGUGGAAGAGACAGAUGUUAACAAGUUGAAGGCGAAAAUAAAGAAUGCAGAGAUGGCGAAGAUUGAGGCUUUGUUAGAGCUUGAGGAAGCUAAAAAAACGGUUGAGCAUCUCAAUCACAAGCUGGAGAUUAGGAAUAAGAGUGAUGAGAAAGGUUUAGCUUUGAGAAGUAUUAGUAGUAAUGUGAGAGACGUGACUUCAGAGCUAGGCAUUGCUAAAGAAUUGCUUCAAAGAGUAGUAGCUCAAGAGGAGAGUCGUCAGGACUUAGAUGUGAGUAGUAGUAAUAAUGUGAUAGUUGUGACUUCUGAGCUAGGCUUUGCUAAGGAAUCACUUCAUAGAGCAGCUGAAGAGGAGAGUGGACUGUGUUUGUUAAUGGAGUCUCUCAAGCUCGAGCUUGAAAACGUUAAGAAAGAGCAUUCAGAGCUUAAGGAGAAAGAGCAGAGAGAAACGGAACAAGCCGUUGAGGAGCUGAAGAAGGAAGCUGAAGAAGCAAAGAGGGAGCUUUUGCAGUUAGAGGAAGAGCUCAUCAAGAUCGCUCUUAAGGAGGCCCAAGAAGCAAAAGCUGUAGAGGAACACGAAGCUGAGGAAUGUCUAAACAACGUUCAAGAAAGUUGUGGUGGUGGAUUAAGUGAGACGGAAGCAUUGAGAGCAUGCAGAGAUGAAACACUCAAGAAACUAGAGAUGAGCGAGAAGGAGAUUGAAGAUAUCAAAGCAGCAACGCAAGAGGCGUUGAAGAAGGCAGAGAUGGCUGAGGAAGCUACAAUUGUGGUGGACGCAGAGCUUAAAAGACGGCGUAAGGCAGCUAGUAGGAUGUGGGCUAAGUCGUUUCCCUCUGCAAAGGAAGUGGACAAGUCGAAAUCGAGAUCCAAAGAGACUUGUUUAGUCAAGUGUUAGGGAAGAACCAGCUGGUCUCUUUUGAAAUUGUGACAAUCUGUAAUAAACUCAUAAUUAAAAGAAAUAAGUGUGUCAGUUUGUUUAAAGUUGGAAGCUUUUAAUA